AUGGUGAUGGAGGAAGAGAGAGAGCAGCUACUUCACUUGGCUAGGCUUUCCGAGCAGGUCGAGAGAUAUGAUGAAAUGGUUGAAGCCAUGAAAAAAGUGGCAAAGUUGGAUGUGGAACUAAAUAUUGAGGAGAGAAACUUAUUGUCUUCUGCUUACAAGAGAAUGAUUGGGGCUAGACGGGCCUCUUGGCGUAUUUUAUCAUCAAAAGUAAAAAAAGAGGAGAAUAAGGGGCAUGAGCAGAAUGUGAAGAGAAUAAAGAGCUAUAGGCGGAGGGUCGAGGAUGAGCUCACUAAGAUGUGCAUGGACAUAAUAUCCGUGAUCGACAACCAUCUCUUGCCAUCUUCGUCGACUGUAGUGUCAUCCGUAUUCUAUUACAAAAUGAAAGGAGAUUACUUUCGAUAUUUAGCUGAGUUCAAAUCUGGGGAUGACCGCAAAGAUGCUGCAGACCAGUCGCUCAAAGCGUAUGAGGCUGCAACUAGUUCUGCGUCGACAGAUCUUGCACCAGAACAUCCUAUCAGACUUGGUCUGGCCCUCAACUUUGCUGUUUUCUACUUCGAGAUCUUGGAUUCUCCAGAAAGGGCUUACCACCUGGCGAGACAAGCAUUUGAUGCAGCAAUUCCGGAACUUGAGAAAAUCAGUCUGCUACAUUACAGAGACAGCAGAAUGGUAAUGCAGCUUCUCAGGGAUAACCUCACUUUAUGGACAUCCGAACCCGAAGAGGGGGCUGGUGAGCAAUCCAAGGUUGAUGAUGAGAUCCAAGAGGAGACGACAAAUUGA